AUGAUCCGUGGAACUGCUUUAAGAUUAAAUCGACGGCAAAAUCAGUCCAUUUUAUAUCAAGCUCGUUUAAACAAUACGCCGCUGCAAAGUUCUUCGACAACAUUAGAAUAUGAUCAACGAACAAAUACGAUCAACAUGCAAUCUACACAAAUACAACUUGUACAACGAUCAUCUCCAAAACCUAUGACUAUACGAGAAAUAAUCAAAGCUUUAGAAGAAUGGCAAGAUCCUGAAGAUUAUGCCCAAGAUCUAGAAGCAAAGGAAAGAAUUAUGGAUUGUUAUAAACAACGUUCUGAUACACUAGAUUUAUCAUAUCUCUCUCUAAGCACACUUCCUGAUGCUAUUGGAAAAAUGCAACAUAUAGAAUUUUUAUCGAUUGCUAACAAUUAUUUUGUAGAAAUACCAAAGAUCCUGGGAAAUUUAACAGCUUUAAGACUAUUGAAUGUUUCCAACAAUAUAUUAACAGAGGUAUCUGAUACUAUACAAGAAUUCAAAAAAUUAGAACUCUUCAAUGGUGCUUGUAACCAACUUCAUUAUGUUUCAGAAGAAUUAGCGCGUCUACCAAAAAUCGAAACAGUAAUAUUAUCUCACAAUCGUAUUAUUAAAUUUCCUGAAAAUAUUCAUAGUAUUGAAGAGCUUGAUUUAGAAGAUCAAAUUCCACCAGCAUCAUUUGGUAAGUUUUCUUCGGAAUUUGCAGCACGAUGGGAAGAAAUAUUUCGACAUGAAAGUGGAGCAGGUUAUAUGGAGAUGUGGGUAGCACGUUAUGAAGAAAUUCUUCAACAGCCACAAGUUGUAAACCAUUAUGAAACAUUUACAGAACGUAUUGGUAUACUAUUAGAUACAAUGGCAAAAAAUUCAAGUCUACGUAUACGUUGUUAUGAGAAAGCACAGAGUGUUAUUGCAACGUGUUAUGAUGGUAUAUUAUUUUCUUUAUUCGAAAUGGAAAUUAAACAAGUGGAAGAAAGAAUAAUUGCUUUACAAUUAUCUGAUGAGGAAGUACGUCAGGAGAUGGAACGAGCCUUUAAUUUUUAUCGUUUACAAGAAAUUGCUUUAUUACAUUCACAACAAUAUGCAUACGAACAAGCAACGACUACAGAAAUUACAGAAGCUGAUACACUUGAAACAGUCUUAUUUUUUUAUGCUUCACCAGAAAAUACUUUAGAGAUGCCAUUAGAUGGUGAAAGAUUACAUUAUAUGCGUUAUCCAGAAUUAUCAACAGCCACUCAUGAUGAUGUAAAACAAGCGGAAUUUUGGAUAAAUUAUUUAGAAAGUCGUUAUCCAGAUAUCAUUGCAGAACACACGCACAUUUUUAUGGAGCAAAUGGAAGAAUUGGAAGAGAAAAAAGAUACAAUUAGAGAAUAUGAGUCGAAAGAAUUCCUUAGUCAAAUUGGAUCAGAUAACGAACCACGAUCAGCAUCACCAGGAAAAAAAGUAACAACUACGGUAUUAUCACAGUCAACGCUGAGAAAGUUACCUAAACCUAAUUAUCAAAAUAUGGAAUGGGAAAAACCUCUUAUUGACAAAGACGAAGAAGAAGAUGUCGAGUUGGCUACAAAACGGGCGACUGCAUAUGAUGUAUCGCCAGAAUAUAGUUCUCAAUCAGAGAUUAAAAAUAAUAUAAGGCAAUCUACUCGUCCACAAACAGGAUCUAUUACAGUAUUGGCUAUUUUCAUUCAAAAAGCCAAAACAACUACGACUGCAAUUGAUGUAUCGACAACAAUGCUUACAACGUCAUCAACAAAAACAUCAACUCAUACAACGUCGAUUAAUUCUCAUACAACAAAAAUGAAUGUAUCAAAAUUUAAGAAAUGGAAACAAGAUGCCAUCACUGUGGCUGGUGGAAAUGGAGAAGGACAACAAUUAAAUCAACUCAAUCGGCCUUUAGGAAUCUAUAUUGAUAAAAAGAAAAAUGUUUUCAUUGCUGAUUGUUCCAAUCAUCGUAUUAUUGAAUGGAAAUGUAAUACAAAAGAAGGACAAAUCAUUGCAGGUGGAAAUGGUCGAGGAAAUCGAAUAGAUCAGUUGAAUCAUCCAGUAAAUGUGAUUGUUGAUGAACAAACUCAUUCGAUCAUCAUUGCUGAUACUGGGAACAGACGAUUGAUUCAAUGGUUAAGUCAAAAUCAACAGAUUCUCAUUGAUGAUAUUGACUGUUUUGGUUUAGCAAUGGACAAAAAUGGAUCGCUUUAUGUUUCGGACUGGAAGACGAAUGAAGUAAGACGAUGGAAAAUGGGAGAAUACAACAACGAAGGAAUUAUAGUGGCAGGGGCAAAUGGAAAUGGAAGUCAACUGAAUCAACUCAAUUGGCCUACUUUUAUCUUUGUUGAUGAUGAUCAAUCUGUUUAUGUAUCAGAUUUUGAGAAUCAUCGUGUAAUGAAAUGGAGAAAAGAUGCAAACGAAGGAAUCGUUGUGGCUGGAGGAAAUGAUCAAGGAGGAAAACUUAAUCAAUUGUCUUAUCCCAAAGGAGUAAUUGUUGAUGAUUUGGGUCAAAUCUAUGUAGCAGAUCUGGAGAAUCAUCGAGUAAUUCGUUGUUAUGAAGGAAAAGAAGAAGGUGAAAUUGUUGUUGGUGGAAAUGGUCAAGGAAAUCAAUCAAAUCGAUUCCGUGGUCCUACUGGUUUAUCUUUUGAUGAUGAGGGAAUUCUUUAUGUUGCUGAUUAUUUGAAUCAUCGAAUUCAAAAAUUUGAAGUAAUUUUUUGA